AUGAAAUCGAAUGGACCAUUCCACGCAGCUUUGUCCACUCUGAUUCCACCGCACACGCGUACACACGCACCAGCGUCACCGUCUCCAUUCGCAGGCUUUGACUCGCUCUCAGCCUGUCGAGCAACCCCACCCUCGCCAGUCGUAUCUGAGCCUGCUAUUGGAUCAGCCGCAUCACAUUACCCCCAGCACCAAUCAGCAGCCGGAUCUGACGCACUGAAUCGAUUUAUCGAGAGUCCUACGAUGCGCUUCACUUCGGGCCCUAGCCACCUUCUUCGACAUCGUCUUGCCCCAAAGAUUUGCCCGCAAUAA